AUGACGCCGAACCCUUCGAUCGCAGCCAGGUCCAUCCAACGUCUCUCCCAGACCGUCCGACAGCUCAGCUCCGUCAGCAUGGCUCAGGACUUCAAGACUCGCGCCGUCGGUGCCCCCAACACCCUCGACUACCGCGUCUUCCUCGAGAAUACAAAGACCGGCCUGCCCGCCUCGCCCUUCCACGAUGUGCCGCUCUUUGCCGACGAGUCCAAGACGAUCCUCAACAUGAUCGUCGAGAUCCCCCGAUGGACCAACGCCAAGAUCGAGAUCUCCAAGGAGGACACCUUCAACCCGUUCAAGCAGGACACCAAGAAGGGCAAGCUGCGUUUCGUCCGCAACUGCUUCCCGCACAAGGGCUACAUCUGGAACUACGGUGCCUUCCCCCAGACCUGGGAGGACCCUUCGGCCACCCACCCAGACACCAAGGCCAAGGGCGACAACGACCCGCUCGACGUCUGCGAGAUCGGCGAGCAGGUCGGCUACACGGGCCAGAUCAAGCAGGUCAAGGUCCUCGGCGUCAUGGCCCUGCUCGACGAGGGCGAGACCGACUGGAAGGUCAUCGUCAUCGACGUCAAUGACCCGCUCGCCCCCAAGCUCAACGACAUCGAGGACGUUGAGCGCCACCUCCCCGGCCUCAUCCGCGCCACCAACGAGUGGUUCCGCAUCUACAAGAUCCCCGACGGCAAGCCCGAGAACCAGUUCGCCUUCUCUGGCGAGGCCAAGAACCGCAAGUACGCCACCGAGGUCGUCCACGAGUGCAACGAGGCCUGGAAGCGCCUCAUUUCGGGCCAGGCCGACGCCGGCGACGUCAGUGUGACCAACACCUCGGUCCAGGGCUCCAAGGGCUUUGUCAGCGGAAGCGACUCGGCCGUCUCGGCCGUCCCCGCCGCUAACCCGCAGCCCGCAGCCCCGAUCGACUCGAGCAUCGACAAGUGGUUCUACAUCAGCUCGUCGUCCUUCUAG